AUGGUGAGCAUAGGUUAGGUUACUAUGGUGAGCAUAGGUUAGGUUGCUAUGGUGAGCAUAGGUUAGGUUACUAUGGUGAGCAUAGGUUAGGUUACUAUGGUGAGCAUAAGUUAGGUUUCUAUGGUGAGCAUAGGUUAGGUUACUAUGGUGAGCAUAGGUUAGGCUACUAUGGUGAGCAUAGGUUAAGUUACUAUGGUGAGCAUAGGUUAGGUUACUAUGGUGAGCAUAGGUUAGGUUACUAUGGUGAGCAUAGGCUAGGUUACUAUGGUGAGCAUAGGUUAGGUUACUAUGGUGAGCAUAGGUUAGGUUACUAUGGUGAGCAUAGGUUAGGUUACUAUGGUGAGCAUAGGUUAGGUUACUAUGGUGAGCAUAGGCUAGGUUACUAUGGUGAGCAUAGGUUAGGUUACUAUGGUGAGCAUAGGUUAGGUUACUAUGGUGAGCAUAGGUUAGGUUACUAUGGUGAGCAUAGGUUAGGUUACUAUGGUGAGCAUAGGUUAGGUUACUAUGGUGAGUAUAGGUUAGGUUACUAUGGUGAACAUAGGUUAGGUUACUAUGGUGAACAUAGGUUAGGUUACUAUGGUGAGCAUAAGUUAGGUUACUAUGGUGAGCAUAAGUUAGGUUACUAUGGUGAUCAUAGGUUAGGUUACUAUGUGAGCAUAGGUUAGGUUACUAUGGUGAGCAUAGGUCAGGUUACUAUGGUGAACAUAGGUUAGGUUACUAUGGUGAACAUAGGUUAGGUUACUAUGGUGAGCAUAGGUUAGUCUACUAUGGUGGUCAUAGGUUAGGUUACUAUGGUGAGCAUAGGUUAGGCUACUAUGGUGAGCAUAGGUUAGGUUACUAUGGUGAGCAUAGGUUAGGUUACUAUGGUGAGCAUAGGUUAGGUUACUAUGGUGAUCAUAGGUUAGGUUACUAUGGUGAGCAUAGGUUAGGUUACUAUGGUGAGCAUAGGUUAGGUUACUAUGUUGAGCAUAGGUCAGGUUACUAUGGUGGUCAUAGGUUAGGUUACUAUGGUGAGCAUAAGUUAGGUUACUAUGGUGAGCAUAAGUUAGUCUACUAUGGUGAGCAUAGGUUCGGUUACUAUGGUGAGCAUAGGUUAGGCUACGAUGGUGAGCAUAGGGUAGGUUACUAUGGUGAGCAUAGGAUAGUCUACUAUGGUGAGCAUCGGUUAGGUUACUAUGGUGAGCAUAGGUCAGGUUACUAUGGUGAGCAUAGGUUAGGUUACUAUGGUGAGCAUAGGUUAGGUUACUAUGGUGAGCAUAGGUUAGGCUACUAUGGUGAGCAUAGGUUAGUCUACUAUGGUGAGCAUAGGUUAGGUUACUAUGGUGAGCAUAGGUUAGGUUACUAUGGUGAUCAUAGGUUAGGUUACUAUGGUGAUCAUAGGUUAGGUUACUAUGGUGAGCAUAGGUUAGGUUACUAUGGUGAUCAUAGGUUAGGUUAUUAUGGUGAGCAUAGGUUAGGUUACUAUGGUGAGCAUAGGUUAGGCUACUAUGGUGAGCAUAGGUUAGGUUACUAUGGUGAUCAUAGGUUAGGUUAUUAUGGUGAGCAUAGGUUAGGUUACUAUGGUGAGCAUAGGUUAGGUUACUAUGUUGAGCAUAGGUUAGGCUACUAUGGUGAGCAUAGGUUAGGUUACUAUGUUGAGCAUAGUGUCACGCCCUGGCUCUGGGGACUCUGUUAUGUUAAGCCAGGGUGUUUAGAGUCUAUGUUUUGUGUUUCUUUGUUCAGUAUCUAGUUCAUUGUGUUUCUAAGUUGGCCGGGGUGGUUCUCAAUCAGAGGCAACGAGAAUCACCUGUUGCUUGUUGUCUCUGAUUGGGAACAAUACUUAGGCAGCCGUUUGGGCAUUUGUGUUUGUGGGAUCUUGUUCCGUGUUGGUUUGUGUAUGUACCCAAGGACUUCACAUAUCGUUUUGUUGUUUUUGUUCGUGUGGUGAUAUAUAAAUAAAAGAUGUUCGCAUUCCACGCUGCGCAUUGGUCCACUCCCUUCAACGAUCGUGACACAUAGGUUAGGUUACUAUGGUGAGCAUAGGUUAGGUUACUAUGGUGAUCAUAGGUUAGGUUACUAUGGUGAGCAUAGGUUAGGUUACUAUGGUGAUAAUAGGUUAGGUUACUAUGGUGAGCAUAGGUUAGUCUACUAUGGUGAGCAUAGGUUAGGCUACUAUGGUGAUCAUCGGUUAGGUUACUAUGGUGAGCAUAGGUUAGGUUACUAUGGUGAGCAUAGGUUAGGCUACUAUGGUGAGCAUAGGUUAGGUUACUAUGGUGAGCAUAGGUUAUGUUACUAUGGUGAGCAUAGGUUAGUCUACUAUGGUGAGCAUAGGUUAGUCUACUAUGGUGAGCAUAGGUUAGGCUACUAUGGUGAGCAUUGGUUAGGUUACUAUGGUAAGCAUAGGUUAGGUUACUAUGGUGAUCAUAGGUUAGGUUACUAUGGUGAUCAUAGGUUAGGUUACUAUGGUGAGCAUAAGUUAUGUUACUAUGGUGAGCAUAGGUUAGGUUACUAAGGUGAGCAUAGGUUAGGUUACUAUGGUGAGCAUAGGUUAGGUUACUAUGGUGAGCAUAGGUUAGGUUAUUAAGGUGAGCAUAGGUUAGGUUACUAUGGUGAUCAUAGGUUAGGUUACUAUGGUGAGCAUAAGUUAUGUUACUAUGGUGAGCAUAGGUUAGGUUACUAUGGUGAGCAUAGGUUAGGUUACUAUGGUGAGCAUAGGUUAGGUUACUAUGGUGGUCAUAGGUUAGGUUACUAUGGUGAGCAUAGGUUAGGUUACUAUGGUGAGCAUAGGUUAGGCUACUAUGGUGAGCAUAGGUUAGGUUACUAUGGUGAGCUUAUGUUAAGUUACUAUGGUGAGCAUAGGUUAGUCUACUAUGGUGAGCAUAGGUUAGGUUACUAUGAUGAGCAUAGGUUAGGUUACUAUGGUGAGCAUAUUUUAGGUUACUAUGGUGAACAUAGGUUAGUCUACUAUGGUGAGCAUAGGUUAGGUUACUAUGGUGAGCAUAGGUUAGGUUACUAUGGUGAGCAUAGGUUAGUCUACUAUGGUGAGCAAAGGUUAGGUUACUAUGGUGAUUAUAAGUUAGUCUACUAUGGUGAGCAUAGGUUAGUAUACUAUGGUGAGCAUAGGUUAGUCUACUAUGGUGAGCAUAGGUUAGGUUACUAUGGUGAGCAUAGGUUAGUCUACUAUGGUGAGCAUAGGUUAGGUUACUAUGGUGAGCAUAUGUUAGUCUACUAUGGUGAGCAUAGGUUAGGCAGCUAUGGUGAGCAUUGGUUAGGCAGCUAUGGUGAACAUAGGUGAGGUUACUAUGGUGAGCAUAGGCUAGGUUACUAUGGUUAGCAUAGGUUAGUCUAUUAUGGUGAGCAUAGGUUAGGUUACUAUGGUGAGCAUAGGUUAGGUUACCAUGGUGAGUAUAGGUUAGUCUACUAUGGGGAGCAUAGGUAGAGCAUGGCGCUUGUAACGCCAGGGUAGUGGGUUCGAUCCCCGGGACCACCCAUACUUAAAAAUGUAUGCACACAUGACUGUAAGUCUCUUUGGAUAAAGCAUCUGCUAAAUGGCAUAUUAUUAUUAUUAUAUUUCUCCAUCUGAAAAUUUUCCCACUCCUAAAAGGUAGGCUAUAAAAAUAGCUCAAGAGAAAGUGCAAGUCUCUCCAACUCUGCUCUCUUCAAACUACAUCUAGCAUAUUGGCUGAUAUAGCGCAGUAAUACAAUGUAAGGGCCAUGUGAGAAUCUCUGGUAAUUUAACUUAUUUCUUAAGUAAUUUUUGCAUAUUUGAUAUUGCCUAUAGUGCGCAAAGUUGCCGGGACCAUGGCUGGCAGUGAGCUGCGUCACAUAGGUCUGAAAUAACAUUGCGGGACUGGGGUUGGGUUUGGACCAGUUCCUGAGGUAGCGGUUGGGUUUGGACCAGUUCCUGAGGUAGCGGUUGGGUUUGGACCAGUUCUUGAGGUAGCGGGUGGGAGUCGGACAGAAAGACAGCUGGUGCGGGCGGAGUGAAGAAAUGGGUCCCGCGCAGACCUCUACUGUGCACCAUGACAGUGAAGCCUGUAACGUUAGAGAUGUUUAUUACUGUGUCAGUGUGAAAAGUAGGGAAUUAGCCAGGGAAACUGACAGAUCAAUACCGUUACAUUGCCAUACUGACUAAUAAAACUCACAUUGCACAGAAAAAACGUCAGAAUAUCAAUCUUCAAUCAUUUGGCCGAUGGUUUCAUUAUUUGAUUUAGGUCUAGUGUGAUUGAGGCAAAAAGAAUAGCUAACAUUAGCCAACUUUUUUGCGAGCUCUCUAACGGUACAUCAACUGGUGAAAGCUAGCCAAGUUAAUUUACUUCUGAAACGGGACAAAACAAAGGCUAGAAAUAAUUUCCAUACAAACCAGAGCUGUUAGAUCGUAAUAAUAUCCACCUCAUAUCGCUAUCUGACAGAUAACUAGAGGCUAGAGCUGUGAUAGCUACUAGCUAGCGUAGCUUAUUCAUUCACCUCAGUCGAGAGGGGAUGAAACAUUAGCGUGACUGUACAUGUCAGUUACACUACUAGCUCAGCACUGCAAAUAAACACUAUUUUUUUCUGUUAAGUUAAACAGCAGUUACCUUGCCAGCUACAUCAGUCAACUAAAGAGUAGCCAGUUUAUGCUUUGUUUGCUUUUAAAACUUGGUGAAAGAGUGCAACACAUACACACUGAACUAUGCUGAACUCUCCCAUGCUGGUCCAGCCAGCCUUCCAGAAGCUUUGCGUUCACACAUCCUGUCAGCCCGCUCUGUGGUGUCCGCGUGGUCCUAAAUCCAGCCGGCUGAACACUCCAAACAGCCUACCCGACCGCUUGGAGGCGUCCGCAUGGUCCUAAAGCACACCAUUGCCUGUUUUUGUAUCACAUUCCAAUGAUAAAACUGGGGGGGACAAAAAUUUGAUUUCAGAAUGUGGGGGGGACAUGACCCCCCCCGUCCCCAGUGAAAGUUGCGCCCCUGAUAUGAACUGUAACUCAGUCAAAUAUUUUAAAUUGUUGCAUGUUGCGUUUCUAUUUUUGUUCAGUGUAUUUUAACAUGCUUACUGUUUACUUCAGCUUGUAACACCUUAUCAAAGAUAUGAACCUCUGGAGGAGCCCAGAUUGACUGAGUCUGACCCUCUGGAGGAGCUAGUCAAACAGGAACUGAUACCAUUGUAUGUAAAAUCAAAUGGUAUAUUUAUUAGCAUUUUCUUCAUGCUAUCAUUGUUACUGGGUAUAGUUGAACCUAUUUCCCCUUAUAGGAAUCUCACUCAUUAACACUUCUUCAAUCUCAGCUGUUUCCUACAGUGUACCUGUAUAACACGGUAGAGGAAGGAAUGAGACCCACUACCCCCAACUAUGGCAACGGAACCACUGAUUACUACGGCAGCGGCAAAUGGGACGAUGAGUACGAUGAUGAAGUCUGUUCCAAGACAGGCGUGGUCAGGUUCGGAGCCCUCGUCACACCCAUGGUCCUCUCCGUGGUCAUUGCACUAAGCCUUGUGGGUAACCUGCUGGUGUUGGUGGUUCUGGCCAGGUAGGACAGUCUGACGAUGAGAAAUAGAUCAUGAAUAUUUUCCUCAUUUUAACUUGGCUUGCUGCUCUAUUCAUGCAUCUUGUUCAGAGAGAGCGAGGUAACUAGUGACAGUCCAAGGAGGGUAGGACUAUUACUGUAGUCUUCAUCAGGGUUUCAGGGUAGGACUAUUACUGUAGUCUUCAUCAGGGUUUCAGGGUAGGACUAUUACUGUAGUCUUCAUCAAGGUUUCAUUGUAGGACUAUUACUGUAGUCUUCAUCAAGGUUUCAGGGUAGGACUAUUACUGUAGUCUUCAUCAGGGUUUCAGGGUAGGACUAUUACUGUAGUCUUCAUCAGGAUUUCAGGGUAGGACUAUUACUGUAGUCUUCAUCAGGGUUUCAGGGUAGGACUAUUACCGUAGUCUUCAUCAGGGUUUCAGGGUAGGACUAUUACUGUAGUCUUCAUCCGGGUUUCAGGGUAGGACUAUUACUGUAGUCUUCAUCAGGGUUUCAGGGUAGGACUAUUACUGUAGUCUUCAUCAGGGUUUCAGGGUAGGACUAUUACUGUAGUCUUCAUCAAGGUUUCAGUGUAGGACUAUUACUGUAGUCUUCAUCAAGGUUUCAGGGUAGGACUAUUACUGUAGUCUUCAUCAGGGUUUCAGGGUAGGACUAUUACUGUAGUCUUCAUCAGGGUUUCAUUGUAGGACUAUUACUGUAGUCUUCAUCAGGGUUUCAGGGUAGGACUAUUACUGUAGUCUUCAUCAAGGUUUCAGGGUAGGACUAUUACUGUAGUCUUCAUCAGGGUUUUGAAGUCGACUUCCAUUGUCCUCUAAGAGUUGUAUGUUCAUCUCAUCUUCAGUUCCUAUGUUCGUGCACCUUGGUUAGCUAGCGACAGUGUUGUGUGUUGUUUAAAACAGUGUUGCGUUGUGUUUAAAACAGUGUUGUAUUUAAAACAGUGUUGUGUUGUGUUUAAAACAGUGUUGUGUUUAAAACAGUGUUGUGUUGUGUUUAAAACAGUGUUGUGUUUAAAACAGUGUUGUGUGUUGUGUUUCAAACAGUGUUGUGUUUAAAACAGUGUUGUGUGUUGUGUUUCAAACAGUGCUGUGUGUCUCUGCUUCUCUCCCAGGUACGAGUGUCUUCGGUCACUGACGAAUGCGUUCAUGAUGAACCUGGCAUUGUCUGACCUGGUGUUCACCUGCGGCCUUCCCUUCUGGGUCUCUUAUCACCUGAUUGGUUGGAGCUACAGUGACCUCACCUGUAAGGCGGUCAGCUUCCUGUUCUAUGCUGGCUACUACAGCAGUGGCAUCUUCCUCAUCCUGAUGACGCUGCAUCGUUACCUGGCCGUGCUCCGCCCCCUAUCUCACCUGGUGUCAGGCCCCUCCCACUCUCAGGGCACCUGGAGCGCUGUGGUCUCAUUGGUUGUCUGGACCGUCAGUGUGUUAGCUGCUACGCCAGCUCUCAUCUUUACCAAGUUAAUCAUCACUGAUCCUGUGGACCCUAACAACCCUGAUUGGCCUAGUGACUCUAAAGCCCCUAGUGGUGGCCAGCGGUACUGUGAGGUUGCAGACGUCGGCUGGAGGCUGUGGGGGGUCUACCAGCAGAACAUCCUCUUCAUAGUGACAUUACUAGUGGUGUGUGUCUGUUACAGUCAGAUUCUAGUCCGACUCCUGAGGCCCAGGGUUAGGGUUAGGGUUAGGCGCCAGAGGAGUGGAGGAGACAGGAGGAGCCAGAGGACCGCCAGGCUGGUCUUGGGCCUGGUCCUGGUGUUCUUUGUGGGCUGGGCGCCGUACAACGUUGUCAUCUUCCUCAGGACGCUGGUGUAUAAGGGACAAGAUGGAGGCGGCGCUGGCAGUGCUGAGUCAUCCACACCACUAGGGGUCGAGUGUGGUGCCAGCAACAUGUUAGAGUACUCCUUCUAUGUGACCAGGCUGCUGGCGUUCUCCUACUGCUGUCUCAACCCUCUGUUCUACGUGUUCGUUGGGGUCAAGUUCCGGAACCACCUGAAGAGAAUGUUGAAGGGUUGUUGUCAUGGUGUUACCGUUGUCAAUAACAACAACAACAGCAGUGUUCUGUACAGGAGCAGCAGACUGACAUCACAGUCCAGUGGGGAGGAGUUCUCACUUUAA